AUGGGAGCAGAAGGGGAUGAUGACUGGAGACAAGCCGGAGAUCACCCAGAGCUGAAGGUGAUACUUGAUGAUGGAAACUACACGUACUGGAAGGCAAGGACGAGAGCAAAUAUUCAAUGUAUUGAUGAGGCCGCCUGGUACUUGACUGAGCAUGGAUGGAAACCACCUACAGUCACGAUUGAAGGAGUAACUACAGCCGUGCCUCGAGAACGCUGGACUACAGCCCAACGUGAUGAUUACAAGUUCAAUGCUAGAGCACUGGCACAGAUCAAUGGGACAAGUCAAGUUCAAAGCUCAAGGAAGGAUCUAUUGGCAACUAAGUUUGAGAAUAUGAGGAUGGAGGAACAUGAGUCAAUUGCUGACUUUAGCUCGAAACUUAGCUCACUCGUUCAGGAGUCUCGUACCCUGGGAAAGGUAUACAAGGAUGCUAAGUUAGUGAAGAAACUUCUUCGGUGUCUUCCAGACAAAUUCACAGCAUACAAGGCUGGACUAAGUGCAAACCCUAUCUUUGGGACGAUCUCCUACGACGAGAUGGUGGGAAAACUGCAGCUACACGAACUGGAACUAGGAGGUGUCAAAAAGGCUAAGGCCUCGUGUCAACAAUGGAAGGAAGCCUAUGACAAGAACGAGGGGACGAGUAAAACCGAGUCACAGUGUCAUGAAUGCAAGGGAUAUGGACACUUCAAGACCGACUGCCCCACUGUCAAGAGGAGAAGCAUUACUUGCUACAAGUGCAAAGGAAUAGGUCAUACACAACAAGAAUGUGAGUAUGAUGAGAAGAUGGGGAAGUCGAUGAUGGGCGUUGCUGAUGAAGAUUCUGAAGGAGAGUCUGAAGAUGAGGAAGAAGUCAAUGAUGAAUCUGAAGUUGAUAUCCAUGAAAGCUAUAAGGAAGUUCGAAAUGCCUUGGUAGAAGUUGGGAAGGAAAACAUUGAGCUCAAGAAGGAGAAUACUCGUCUUACUGCACGAGUUGACGAACUUCAGAAAGCACUUCAAGCCGAGAAGGAUCUCAACAUGGAUAAUCUUAACAUCGUGCUUGAAAAGAUGGAUGCAGUUAAACGAGCAGACGACAUUACCAAGGAGUACUUUCUGGAAAAGGAGAAUUCCAGAAAUCUACAAGCUGAAUUGGAUCAACACAGAAAGCAACUCAAGAUGCUGACUGGUACUAAGGAACUCGACAAGAUUCUGAGCAUUGGCCGUGAUGUCCAUCAAGCAGAUACUAAGACACCAGCUCAGAAACUUGAUUCCAUUCUCAAAACUGGGAAUCGAGGGAAGAGCACCAUGGGACUGGGAUAUGAUCUUCUCCAACUCGCAAUCCGAAAGGAUUUCAGAGUCCAAGAGGAAAACAUCAAGGAAAGGAGUGCUAUUUCUGUGGGUCCUUAG